UCUACAUCGCACCUGUAUACAUGUUGUUCACGGUUCUAUUUUUAGACAUGAGACGUAAGCGUGACACAAAUUAAUGAAAACAUUUUUAAGCAAGCGUUGACUGUUUCCUACGAUUUGUUUUUACAAACAACGGAUAUGUGAAUUUAACUAGUGAAAGAAUGGCGACAGACAAAAAAGAAGACGUUUCUCAACUCGUGCUUCACGAUGAACUCGAUGCCGACACCAACCAUACGUCACCGGAGUACGUCAAUCCCACGCUGAGAAAUGACGUAACAGAGCCGUCAUCACGUCCCGCAGUUCUUGACCUCACAAACAGAUCAGCGGACAACAACGGCUUUUCUCGGUCGGAGGUUUCAAAAUCGAACGCUGAUUCCGCCGGCCAGACGGCGUAUUAUAACGCACGCGACGGGAACGCGGCCGUCGGCAUUGAAGUUGUACGUAUGCCCAGCGGUAUACGAGUGAUCCGAACUCAGGACUUGCAAAGCGUAAGAGCACAAAGCAGUGAAAGACCGAUUAAACUGAUCCAUAUCAAACGUCUGAAAGUGUUUGCAGUGAUAGCCAUUGUUGUUUUCUUUCCACUGGGCAUCCCCGCGUAUCUUUACGCGUUUCGCGCGGAGAUUGCUUUCCAGGAAGGGCUCAUGCAAGGGAAUAUCGAUUUGGCGCGAAAACUUGUGAAACGAAGCGAGCGUUGCAUCAUUUUCGCAUUCAUGUCCGCCUUGUUGGUGGUCGUUGCGGUUGUUGCCAUUGUAGAACGCCAAACGAUGGAGAACAACAAAGAGUACUUUAAGCACAGGGCAUACUCUGGCGUAUGAGACGGCACGAUGGUAACAACGGUUGUCCAAACGAAAGGACAGCUUGAGAACUUUCCUUGAAUAUGUGUGAUAACUGCACCUUGUUGAAGUAUUAAUUAAGAUCUGUGUGUGAGUACUUGUUAGUUGUCAAUGAAUGUACGCCUAAUUGAAUUUAAUAUUUGUCAAUAAAACUAAGUUAUAGAAAUCAUAAAAUUUCAUAAAUGAAAAGUGUUGUCCAUAAAAUGUUUGAAUAUUCUUUAAGCUUGGGAAGAUUGAUUAGUUUUCUUAAAGACAUUACUGAAAAGUGCAUUUUCUGAAAUAUUAUACCUUAGUUAAUUAUGUCGUUGUAGAUUAGAAGGAAGAGCAUGUAAUAUAUUGAUCAAUAUUUAUGGCACUGUGAAGUGAUAAUUCCAGGACAUGUACUAUUUAAGAAAUAACUUCACUUGUGAUAUAUUUCCUAUGAUAGUACAUUAUAUGUCAAGUUUUAUUUAGUGCAGAAUAUUGCUACUCAAUACAUACGUAUCAAUCUUCAUAAUUUUAUAAUACAGAUUAUUACAUACUUCGUGAUUGCCUGUAUUUAUUUACAUUGAAUGCCUGUAUUUUUGUCAUUUUGUUUUCUUGUUCUAUGAUUUUUUUUCAUUUCAUUUAUACAUUCAUCUACAUAUAAACAUGUUUUUCCUUUAUGUUUUACUGUUCUUUUAUAGAAAAAAGAGUAAUUGAUUCUUGAAUCUCAUGGUGGAAAUAUUUUCUGCAUAGACAUUGUUGGUCAAUUAAUUUAAUUGAUUGUGAAUUGAUAGUGUUCUUGUAUUUUUCACCAUUUUUCUUGUGUUUAAUCUAAAAUGCUCAACUUUUUCAGUUUGUUGGUACAGGUACAAUCAUGUACAAUAUCAUGGUUUUGUAAAUGCAGUCAUAUCAUCGUUGGUGUCCUUCUUACACAUUAGUUCUGCUGUGUUCUUAUCACAUCAGAUUAUUGAAUACAAUGCAAAUAAUAUUGUGAUAUUUGUUGUAAAAACUAAGAUACUUAGAAGUUAAUCAGCAGAUAUAGAUAUAAUUACCAACUUCAGACAUGAAUUCAGGUAACAGACACAUUAACAAUUUUAUUUAUAGCAUUAAAAGCCACAUUCCACGUGCCUAAGUUUACGUUUGGUUCAUGUUCAUAUUGUAAAUCUAUUUAGAUUGAUCUGAAAAUGAAACAACUUUUAUGUUGAUUAAUAAUAUAAAUACAUUUGUGUUUGUGUGUUUACUUUACAUUUCUUAUGAUCUAUGCAUGUUAUUGCAAUAACACAUGUCAGUAUAAUUAUUUUGAUUGUUAUUUAACAUUUUAUGUAUAAAUGUUACUCAUUAAAAUAGAAUUAUAUUCAA